CAGGACCGAGAAAAAAAGCCAUGACAAUCAAGAAUAAUUAUGCUUGAAUUCAAUUGCCAAGUGAUUUUUUUUAUUUCUGGAGUGCAGUAUUUAAAAACAUCUGUAGAUUUGUAGCGCUAUCAGGAUCAGGGUGUAGGCCUACGUAGUAAAAAUAACCUCGGGUGGAUUAAGAACACAAUAUAAACAACUGACACUUCCUAUUUUUACUAGCCUAUAGCAAUAAAACAUCCAACCUCGUCAGAUCUAAUCGACGGGGCGGCGCUACCGAUAACGCAGUUUACUGUGCUGAGCGCAGUUCUACGUUGAUGGAAUCUGGUCACGCGCAGCUGACGGGUACGGAAGAGGAGCUCGUGGAGGCAGAGUAAAGACUUGGCAUUGAGCACCGUUCCUUAUCGACCCAAGUGGGAUGACGAACAGACAGUCCGUUCAUUCUGCGAACGGAGCCUCCAAUUGUGUUAAUAUUUGAUGGGUUAUCUGUUAAGGGGUUAAUUCCCAACAACGACUUCAAGCUGCAAUGGGGAUUUUCGAUUUCUUGUGGGGGUAAAGUUACACAUGAGCACUGCAUGUGUGUAACGUUGAUUGCUCUACCAUACGAUAACUUGCAUGGAAAUAGCUUCCACUCCAGCGCCAAGAUGUCUGUGAUGUUGUGUGAGGACGGGAUCAUCGCACAAAGGAUCAGCAAAAACAUCAUCUACUACUCCAGCAGCCCUACCCAGGCAGACAUGGGCCCACGUCCCUCCAACCCUUCCUCCUCCUCUCCCUUCACCUCCCUGUCCUCGACCCAGUCACCUUCCACAUCCUCUCCUCCCUUCCUCCCUGAAACAGCCUCAUCUCACACAGACCCCCCUCCCUCCUCUCCCCCAGAAUCCUCCAUUCGCCCCCCGUCCUCAGACUCCCCCUACAUCCUUGCACCCCCCUCAGACUCACCCAUCCUCCCCUCCUCCCCCCUCCUCCCCCUCUCCUCCCCCGUCCGUCCACUCCUCCUCCUCUUCCCCUGGCUGGGCGCAAGGCCGGCCGGCAUCGCAAAGUACCGGGACCUCUACCUGGGUCGCGGCCUGGACGUGCUGGUGGUGGAGAGCAACGUGUGGCUCUUCCUGUGGCCCCGCUGGGCGCUGGAGUACGGGGCCGAGGUCCUCCAGGUCCUGGGAGACCCGCGCUUCACACAGCGCCCCCUGCUGGUGCACGCCUCCUCCAUCGGCGGCUUCACCUUCACCCAGCUGCUCAUGCACAUGGCCCAGGGGCCCGGGGAGCUCUCCCACCUGGCCCGCAGGGUCAGAGGUCAGGUGUAUGACAGCAUGGUGGUCGGGUCCCUGGAGCAGAUGGCGACAGGUCUAGGAAAGACACUGUUUCCUCAGAUGGAGGGUCUGGUGAGGAGACUGGCCUUGGGGUACUUCUGGCUCUUUAAGACCCACACAGCAGACAUUUACCUGAACUGCAUCCAGGUGUUCUACAACAGCCCUGUGACCUCCCCCGCUCUCUUCUUCUUCUGUGAAAACGAUUGUCUGUGCAACCCCGUUGCUAUGGAGGCGGUCAUCGACCACUGGAGGAAGAGGGGCGUCGUCGUGGAAACCAGGAAGUGGAAAGAGUCUAUACAUGCGGGGCAUCUGCGCUGUCACCCGCAGGAAUAUCUCUCCAUGUUGGAGACGUUUGUGAACUCUCUCUCCCUCGACCCUCUCCAGGCGAAGAUGUAACGGCCCUGUUAUUUAUUGAUCUGAUUUGACUUAUUGUACUCAAAUAUUCAUCUGUUCAUAAAGUGCAUAAACAGUUUGCAAAUCAAUAAGUUGUCCAUAUAUACCAGUUUGUUUUGUAUUUAUCUUUAGCGUUCACAGUAUUGUCUUGUGGGGCAAGAUGUUUUUCUACGGUACAGUACCAUGCAUCAAUAUUUGAUCCGAUCUUAUCUUGUGGUGCUUUAAACAACUUGAGUGACACAGUUACAUACAAUAAAUUACACGGGUGAUAUAGGUCAAGCCAAAGCCAUGUGAGUUCAAUUCUGUUUAGUUUGUAAACUCAGAGUUCGGGGUUAGGGUUACACAAUAACAGUGAGUUGAAAAACAUGUUUGUUUUUAUGAAACACAAGGAAUCUGUUGAGCUAACAGACAAAAUGUUUUAUUUACUUGAACUUUAAAAAGAAGUGAACCUGA